GAGCUAGGCCAGCGGGAUAGUUGCUCUACUAUCCUCGCCACCUGAUCAACCAUGAGUGCACUACACUGGCCGGGGCCGUAUUUCCGGGUGUCAGGUACUCAACAGCUGCGUCCUGUGUUGUCAUAGUGACCCUGGCCGGGCAGCCGACCUUUAACAUGGGUGCCGUGAUGGGCGGAAUGAAGAAAGGCAGAGUCGCCCAGCGCAAUGCUGCAGAUGUGGCCCAGAUGUGGACUGAGAUUAAUAAAUUGCCUCCAGUUGAAAAGACGUCUGAACCCAGUUUCCAGCCAGUGUCUACUGAAUGGGUCACCGUAAGAGUAUUUGUCUCAUCUACAUUUGAUGAUUUCCACUCAGAGCGAGAAAUGCUGGUGAAAGAGGUGUUUCCAGAGCUCAGAGAGUGGUGUGAGGCCCGCAGUAUGUGUCUAGUUGAGUGUGACUUAAGAUGGGGGAUACCUGAGGAUACGCCUUCAGGCAAGAUUUUUGCCACCUGUUUGGGUGAACUAGAUCAAUGCUACCAGGACACAUUUGGAAUGCCCUUUAUGGUGGUUCUUCUAGGUGACCGUGCUGGCUGGAUACCAGAUAUAGCGGAGGUGCCUCAGGAGAUUGUUGAAGUUUAUGACUGGAUCAAUGGCAUGUCUGUAACAGGAACAGAGAUCCUGCAUGGUGCAUACAGAAACUGUAAUCCCAAUGCUGCCUUUUGCCUGCGAGAUUCAUCCUUUGUGCCGCAGCUGCCACUCCAAGAUCUUCAUCGAUAUCAAGACAAAGGUUGUAAGGCAUUAUUUAUGCAGUCACUCAAGGAGCAAGUGUGUCACCGCUUUCCUGAAGAGCAAAUUAAACACUAUGAGUGCCAGGUACUUGGCACGGAUUGCACAACUGGAUUAGAGAAGGUAAAACUGGGUUUUCCUGGAGAAUUUCCCUUGUGGAUUCUGCAGUUCCUAAAGACAAGAAUCCUGAAGACGUUCCCGGGGCAUUCCGAGGUUGUGACACAAGGGGACAAGUUUUCCUGGGAACAGUCAGAAUUAGCUCAGCAUCAACUCUUCCUUCACCAAAAGAAGCAGCUGUUCCUGGGCCGUGAUCUGGAGAUACAGAGGAUUCUGGAGUUCCUACACAUGGAAACGAAUGAAUCAGCCAAACAGAUGAGUUCUCUAUUCCAGGUUAUAUCGGAACCUGGCUUGGGUAAAUCCUCUCUACUAACUGCCUGCAUAACCAGAGCACUCCAGCUUCCUCACAGCAACGUGUUUUACCAUUUCAUUGGCUGCUGUCCUUCAUCUGUUCAACUUUCCAACAUAGUGAUGCGUCUAUGCUGCCACUUCAUGCCAGCUGGACCAGAUCGUGAGGAUAUUCUCUUGAAGCUGGGAAACUGUUGGAGAAAUGAAGAAAUGAAAGAUAUCCUGCAGCGGGUUCUGCAAGAUACUGCAACCCUUGAUGAUAGUCCUGCUUUUAUAUUUAUUGAUGCUGUAAACCAGCUGUCUCUCCGAUCUGAUGUCUCUGACCUUCUCUCUUGGCUAAGCACCCAAGACUUUCUUCCUCUUCAUUAUAAGUGUGUCAUCAGCUGUACCCCAACCUCUGCACUCCAGAAUGGGCCGUCACCUUAUUGUCUAGAUCUGGAUCAUCUUUCUCUAGAGACCGCACAAAGUCUUGCAAUCUUAUACCUGUCUCGCUAUAGCAAGACCCUGAGCUCCGAACAGCUUCACCAGCUACUGCAGAAAUCCUCCUCCUCCAACCCUCUGUGGCUGUCACUUGCCUGUGAGGAGCUGCGUGUCUUUGGUGUGUUUGAAAUGCUCACCAAGAAGAUUAUGGGGAUUCCUGAUACACUGCAAGGGCUUCUGGGAAGUAUUGUCCAGAGACUGGUAGAGGAAGAUCAGAGUUGUCGGGUUAAAAAGCUUCUUUGCCUGGUGAAAUGCUGUCAGGAGGGCGUAGCUGAGAGAGACUUACAGGGAGCAAUGUCUUCUCUAGAAGGUGGUGUAGAAAUACCCACCAUGUAUUGGGCUGCUCUCCGUAGAACAUUGAGAUGUCUUCUUCGAACAAGCCGGGACUAUCGUGGGAGAGACACACUCAGCUUCUUUCAUAGCAGUGUUACAAAGGCAGUGGAGCAGUGUCUGUUUAAUGCGGAAAAUUCUCCUCAGUUGUAUUUAGUCAGUUUGGCUGAUUAUUAUGAAUACAGCUGCACAGAUGAUGCCACGGUGGUGUACCAGCUACCACGCCUGCUGCAGCAAGCCACACUGAAUGGCCGGCUAGUGAAUUUUUUGAGAAAGGACCCUCGGGCACGCGCCAUCCAAGCUCACACCCGAGCACAGUACCUAAAGGCGCUACGUUGCUUCCACAUGUGCAGGGAUGGCUUCCUCAGGUCUCCAGCUAUGAUCUGUGGCAUGUGUUCAAUGAAGACUGGAGCAUUUGGGCAGCUGUUUCUGAACAAGCAGAGCUGUGUCUUGUGUGGGGGACAUGUCGCCAUCAUGGGUAGAGAGGCCUUCUUGUGUCCUCAACAUUCCAGAAUGGGCAGGACUGAAUGUCUGGUAUGCAGAUCACCUAUUUUCGGGAUCCCACCACCAUCUCCAGCUCUCCUCUGCCACAUGUGCGGCUUUUCUGAAACCUGCAUUGCCAUGAAUGUGUGAUGGUUUCCAUUUCUCCCUUUUUGUGUCUUUCUUCAUCAACUUAUUUCUAUUUGAAGAGUUACUAUUACAGUAUAAGAGUGCACCGGUCAUCUGCACACAGGGGGGCAGCCAUGUUGAGAGUGUAGUUUUCUAGGGUGUCACUGUCAAUUCUUAGGUUGCAUUUACAUGGCUAUGUUUCCGGUCACAGAAAUAACUGCUUUCACUAUGUGGAGGUGGCAGGUUCGUAAUCCUCUUCAUUAUUAUUUUUGGUUUGAUAUUUUAUGGCACAUAUCCGAAUUAAAAUGAGACUACAGUGGUAAUUAUGAUUAGUUAAUGUAAUUUAUAUGUUUAAUAAACUUUUCAUUUAUCCUUUUC